AUGUUAGCAAAAGAUUUUUUUACAAAGCUUGUGAAUUCUGAAGCUUUAGAAAAUAGCUUAAAAGGGAGACAGUUUUUGCUAGACAACUAUAUAGAGCCUCGACCUCCGAAACCAAAAAAAGGUCCAGGUAAAACUAUCCUUGAAAUUCCGAAAGAAGAACAAAAAUACGAUCUUUAUAUUAGGCUUCAUGAAAUGUGAAAAGAAUAUCUCGCAGACCUCCUUGAUAAUAAUUUCAAUCCUAAAAACAUCCAGACAAGGCUCCUUAAAGCAGACAUGCAUGGAGCCAAAAUCUCAGUCUGAAAAGCCAGCUGCAAAAGCUACGAAGGACAAAAAGGUAUUAUUUUACAUGAAACAUUAAGAGCUUUCAAAGUAAUAACCCCUGAAAACGAAAUAAAAAGUAAAAACUAAUCAGUGUUCCUAAAAAAAGAUGCAAUUUUCUUGCUUGAAAUUGGAGAUAAAGUAAUCAAGCUGUUCGGAGAAGGGUUUCAAUACAGAGCAGCUGAUAGAGCAAAAAUUAGAUGGAAGCAGCGUGAUAAAUUAAAGAUGAUGAAAUCAUAA